GUGUAACAAGUAUCUGUAUUUAUCUACGUGUUUACCGGAGGCUUGUCUGGAUACACCAGUUGGGUAUUCCCCGAUGGUACCUGUAUUACGUCAUACUCGCACAGUAUUAUCCGUUUUACUGAAGAAAUGUGUGUCAUUAUUAGAUGUGUGUCAUUAUUAUUCGGAUAUACUGACAGUGGUUUAUCUAAUGUUUUUUUUUUGACUAGUCAUACUUUCAUACUGUUUCACAAUGGUAAUAUUCGAAAGUAUGUCGUUGUGUAAUACUCAAGAUUUCUAUUGUACUUAAAUAAUUGCAAGAAAUAUAUUGUGUCCGUAUUUAGAAGAGACGAGGUAACACACGCUUCUACAAAAACUGAAUUAAAAAAUUUUGCUUUAAGAAACGCAUUUAGAAAAAUCGGUGGGCAAUUUUUGUCAAAAUUUAUCUAUCGGAAUAUUGACAAUUUAGAAAUAAUGGAAAAGUCGCAAGUCAAUGAAAAUUUUCAAAUUGAGAAAGCAAUGGAAAUUGAUGUUAAAGUCGAAAAAAACAGCGAUUCUAUUAAUAUAGAAAAUAAAGAUGAUAUCAACAAUUUGCGAGUCCGUGAAAACACUGGAAAUAUACGAAAGAAACAAUUAAUGUGCGAGUAUUGUCAAAAGAAAUUCAAUCACGCUGGGGACCUCAACAAGCACAGAAGAAAGCACACCGGUGAGCAGCCUUACGUAUGUAAUAUGUGUGAACGAAAGUUUACGACGUCGUCUAAUCUUGUUAGACAUCAACAUUUACAUCUCGGGAUAAAGCCGUUCCAUUGUCAGAUUUGUGGACACAGUUUUACCCGAAAAAUCAAACUUUCCGCCCAUCUGAUAACAAAGCAUCACGAAGCUCUAAAAUCUGAAUGAAUAUA